CCAUUUCUUGCUGCUUCUCAUUGUCUCCUCAUGCUAGUUCCGCUAUAUAGGAAUACGGAGGCAGUGAAGCUGUGAGCAUUGCUAUUAUAGAUCAUAUCCUUAUCCUUCUGUUCGAGGUCGAUUCAUCCAAUACAGAAUGGGCGAUAACAACACUUCCAACCAGCCGGUUGGCGACAUGGCUCUAUACAAUUUGGAGAGAGUCAAGAAAAGCUUAGAUGCCCUCGCUGAUAAGCCUACAUGGAACCUCAGCGACACGGCAGAUUUCGAUUGCAUGCACUACUUGGGCGAUAUAGCCUUGGAGAAGGCAUGCCAAACUUUGGGAAUGCAACCGGGACAAACAGUUGUCGACAUUGGCUCAGGCUUCAGCGCUACCGGCCGCUAUUUGCAUAAGCAUUAUGGCGUUGAUGUGACCGGUAUCGAGCUGCAACCCGAAAUUCAUCAAUUCGCAGAGAUCAUCACCCAACGAAACGGCCUCUCUGAAGGCGUACGCUCAGUCAAUGCCGACUUCACCAAGCUUACGAUAGAUACUCCUGUAGACUACAUUGUCUCCUUCUUAUGCAUUCUACAUAUCCCCGAUAGGGAUACAUUGUUCCAAAAGGCAGCCGACACCCUAAAGCCAGGAGGCAAAAUCUACAUUGAGGAUUACUUUGCUCGAACAACACUUAGUGAAGACGCCGCCGACCAAUUACGCAACAUUCUGUUCUGCCCUCAUCUACCGAGCCGUGAUGAAUAUAUACGCGAUCUGACAAAUGCAGGCUUCCGUGAUGUUCAAUUUGAGGACAUGUCGGAGGAGUGGGCCAAAUUCGUCCACGAACGGGCCAUCAGUAACCGGCAGAAGGGAACAACAGCGGCACCACUUACUUUCUUCUACGAUACAGUCGACGCAUUAUUUGCUGGGCGUCAGUUGGGAGGUGCGCGUAUCACGGCCACCAAAGCGUGAGAAUUUGGAAGCGGUGUGGAAUUACUUGUAUUUUUGGUUCAGCAACUGACUCCUAUGUUUCCUAUGUAAUUGCCUUGUGUAUGCUCGCAACCAUUUAGCCACUAUAACGA